AUUAUUCUAUUUUUAUUUUUUCUUGAUUGGUAUAAAAAAGUUUGUAGACUUUGUUGAAUUAUCUAAAAGCUUAAACUGUUUUGAAAGAAAAUACUUUUAUUUAUGUGAAAAUUUCUUUUUGAUAAAUAAUAUUUUGAAUUCAGGAGUUCUAUCUUCUCUAUUACUAUAUUAAUUUAUGUGAGCACCUUCAAGCUGUUAGAAAUUAGGCAGUUUAUAUUUAUUUAAUUACGUCUUAAUUGACUUAUGUUAUAGUAGCAAUUUCGUGAGAAUGGUCAGGAGAAAAGAACUAGCUACGCAUUUAAAAAAAAAUGGCAGCUCGGUGCACAAAGCAUCACAUAUACACGCAGGGUCGGGGAAGAGCCGUACACCAAGGGGUAUGAUGUAGCUUACCCUAAUGCUUCAUUAGUGAAUGCUUCCACGGCUCAAACCGUAUAGGUCACAUAGAGACAACUAGGUGGAUGGCAGCAACCUUGAUAGAUUUCUACAUCAACAUUUUUGCCAUAGGGUCCUGGGUUGCCUACAAGGAAUCCAACUGGAUUACUUCACUACUUUGGGCGGUCUUGCUGUUCUGUUUAGGAAGCAUUACUACAUGCGGCUACAUUGUCUUGCAGUUCCUGAAUCUUUCAACUCAAGAAUCUAUACAGGAUCCAAUUUACUUUGUCCUAUUACGACGCCAGAAAAAGACUGAGACAGAACAAAGGAGGAAGUGUUCUCUUUUAACUGCAAGAAUUCUAUAUCUUGUUUUGGGCUGUCUGAUGCUAGGGACACUGAUUUACACCAUUGUAACCGAUGGUUCUCCAUUUCGCAGAGAUGUUUUCACUCCGUGGCUGUCAGCAACACUAGUUGAUUUCUAUGUCAAUAUUGUGGCUCUCUCAGUCUGGGUCGCAUAUAAGGAAUCAAGUUGGCUAAGUGCAGCUUUCUGGAUAAUACUAUUAAUUUGUUUUGGCGGCAUCAGCACAUGCGCCUAUAUUGCUCUACAGCUUUUCAGUCUCUCAUCUCAAGAUCCCGUCUACCUUAUUCUUUUCAGCAGCCGCAACAGAAACGUACUCACCCUGUGUUGUAGUUGUUCUUACUAGAGCAGAAAACGAGUAUGAAGGAAUCAACUGAGUACGAAGCUUUAUGGCUAAUUUGGUUUUAUUUGAUAGUGGAACUCUUGAGCCAUUUUCAUUUUUUAACGAAUACGUUAACAUAAUGGAUUUGUAAUAUACAUAUGUUUGUGUAAACGAACCAGAAUGUUUUCUGUAAUAAUUUAUUUUACUGUCUUUUGUGGACUUAUAUUUUGUUA